CCGGUGGCUCACGCUUGUUGUGCGGCGGCGACUCCCUCGUCGCAGGAAAUUGACGUCACAUCGAAAAAUCUGGAAGCGUCGCCGUGCGAGCUGCUGUGAACUUGUGAGGCUUUUUCAACAUUGUCCUCGUACAAGGUUAAUCUGUGGAAGGCAAACAUGGUCAAGGAAACAGGCUUCUAUGACACACUGGGUGUGAAACCUAACGCUACUCCCGAUGAACUGAAGAGGGCGUAUCGCAAGCUGGCCUUGAAAUAUCACCCAGACAAAAACCCUACAGAAGGAGAGAAGUUCAAGCAGAUCUCACAGGCAUAUGAGGUGUUGUCAGAUGCCAAAAAGAGAGAAGUGUAUGACCGUGGAGGUGAAAAGGCUAUAAAGGAAGGAGGAACCGGUGGUGGUGGUUGCAGCGGCGGUGGCGGCUUUGCAUCGCCGAUGGACAUCUUUGACUUGUUUUUUGGUGGUGGCAGUCGAAUGCACAGAGAGCGAAAAGGGAAGAAUAUUGUUCAUCAGAUUAACGUGACGCUGGAAGAUCUCUAUAACGGGGCUACAAGAAAACUCAAUGUGCAGAAGAAUGCCAUCUGUGAGAGAUGUGAAGGUCGAGGGAGUCGGAAAGGAGCCGCGCAGGUGUGCAUGACCUGCCAUGGCACAGGCAUGCAGGUCCGCAUGCACCAGCUAAUACCAGGUAUGGUCCAGCAAGUUUCUACGGUGUGCCACAGCUGCCAGGGCCAAGGGCAGAGAGUCAGCCACAAGGAUCGCUGCAAAGCUUGUGCAGGCCGAAAGAUCCUGCGACAGAAGAAGAUCCUGGAGGUCCACAUUGACAAAGGAAUGAGAGAUGGUCAGAAGAUUGUUUUCCACGGAGAGGGUGAUCAGGAGCCGGGACUCGAGCCAGGUGAUAUCAUCAUUGUCCUGGACCUGCGAGAACAUCCACGUUUCACCAGGAGAGGAGAAGACCUGACCAUGUCCAUGGAGUUACAGCUCGUUGAAGCCUUGUGUGGUUUUAAGAAACCAGUUCUGACAAUGGAUAACAGGACUCUUCUGAUCACGUCACAUCCAGGAGAGUUGAUCAAGCCUGGAGAUACGAAAUGUGUCUUGAGUGAAGGGAUGCCCAUGUAUCGCAGACCGUUUGAGAAGGGACGCCUUAUUAUUCACUUCUCAGUGGUGUUCCCGCAAGCCAACUUCCUCCCCGAGCACAAGCUGAAGGCGCUGGAGCGCUACUUCCCCGAAAAAAUGGACGCGGAGCAGCAGGACCGUAUGGACGAUGACCUCUACAUCUACGCUGACCUGGAGGACUGUGACUUAGAGAACAGGAAACGGAACCAUCAGUACUACUACAUGGAUGAAGACGACUACGCCAGCACCGGAGGCGUUCAGUGCCAGACGUCUUAAAUAGCAACCGGCUUGUUAUCAUUCCAGCAGCCCCAAACCCUCAUCUCUCAAGCAAAGCACUUUUUUUUUUGUUUUGUGCACUUUUUAUUUUUUUUAUUACCUUUCUUAAAAAUCCUCGGUAUGACAUUUUCUUCAAGGUGAUCAUUACAAACGCCCUUCUGAUUUAUUGUAAUGCAUUGAUUGAUUGAUUGAGUGGAAUAUCUUAAAAGUUUCAAGACUGAACUUGAAUCCAGGUGAGUGGGAUUCAUCUCUGGGACCUUAUUUAAUUUAAUUUAAACAAAAAAAAUUCUGUUUCCCAAUCACACUGUGAACUAGGGCUGGUGUUUUAGAGGUUUGAGAGGAAAGAAGGCCUGCUUUUGAUGCAGUUACACUAAAACUGUCAGCCAAUAUUAAUCUGAAAAUAAUCUUUUUUACAGUGUUACUAAAUCUGUUGUUGUUGUGAACUCCUCGUUCAAUUAUUUGUGUGACGACCCGAUCUCCAGAAAGCGGCGGUGAAGUGGCACAUGCAUUGAUACUCCACAACAAUAUUUGUGCUGUUUAACCCUUUAAAGGGCUAUUUUCUAAAACAAUCUUCACAAUGUGACAGGAUGAUGUAAAGUUAAUAAUAAUGACAGAGGCAGAAAAUGUAUUUGGGUUGAAGCCACUUAAUUGUAGAUUAUUCAAACUAAUAUUUAAGUUUAGUUUUAUUGUUUUUUACUUUUGAGCUGCAUUUAGUUUGUCUGUAGUGAUGCUGAUUUUAGGAACACUGGAACAAGUGGAACAUCUCUCACACACACACACACAGUCACUUUAUUUUGAAGAAAAAAUGAACCCAUCACGAGACACGUUAUCUGGAUUAACUUUACUCAGACUCAGAAUAGGUAUUUUAAAAUAAUUUUUUGUUCUAGAUUUCAUCUGGGGGGGUUGGUGGUUGUUGUUUUUUUCAGAAAGUUAUUCAGAUUACUCUCAGUUAUUGUACGCCCUUGAUACCUGAUGGCAAAUGUUUUCCUCUCUUUCAAAAUUGUCAAGUGCCAAGUUGCACCCAGGCUUGAUUUAAAAAAGGAAUGAUAGAUGUUUUUAAAAGUUGAACAUUCUUGAGGGUCUUAAUUUUGUAUUUCAGACAUGAGAGUUUUAAAACCGUUAGACGCUAUAGUGUUCAAUUACUGUAUUAAUCUUGUCUGGAAUUUGAUUGACAAAUAUUAAUAGCAAGUUAUGCUUAUAGAUGCUGGUGUUUGCCGGCAAGCUAUCAAGUGUGUCUUUUUUUUAUAUUUCUAAUCUUAAUAGUAAAAUGCCAUACUGGACUUAAAAUCAGCACAGCUGAUACCUCAUUGAAGUGUCUGCCUGUUCAAACGCCUUAUCAUAACUUAACUUGAAGCUACAUGAUGAUGCAAAUUGUUCAUUGGUUUGAUGUGUAGUUUUUUUUUUUCACUGAUUAAUUUUUCCUUGGAUGAUGUAAAACAACUAUGCUCACAGAAGAGGGGGUUCCUUAAAACGGUUUGAAUAAUGCAAAUUUUAUGAGUUGUCAGACUUAGUGGGGCAAUUCUACUCUUAAGUGUUGUCAGGGUCUUAAUCUGACUCUAUGCAUGUUAGGACCAAUGAUCCACUUGUUUGCGUUCAUGUUUUCUAAUUAAAUGCAGUUCUGUGGUCUUUCUAAAUUGUGCUGGUAAUAUGAGUUAAUAAGAUUUUUUCAUUUGAUUUGCUGAAUAUUUUUUUGUUAGUUUUUGGUAAGCUGUUUUAUUUCAUAGUACAAGAUUAUUGCUUUUAUUACAGGUUUUGGGAAUAAUGUUACUCUUCUUAAACACGGGAAUAGUAGCAUUAUUAUAAAUGUUUGGUUUUCUGCCACGGCUUAAGAACAGGACAUUAGACAACUGAUCUAAGACCUUAAAUUAUAAGUUGAUUGAUCAAUUAGUUAGAAAUUUUUUUGUCUUCAGUAACAAUAAACUCAUUAUCUUCGUA